CGCUGUUCGCCUUCUUUAGGACGAUUCUGACGGAGGCUGCUCCGCCGUUCUCGAUCAUCUCCCGACCCCUCCUCCCGGCCCAGCUUCAUGCAACGAGCAGAGCCGCCUAGCACCCUUCCUUGCCGACAACACAGGCGCGCGAAACCGCGUCUUUCAACUGACAAUGAAGCCGUAGCCGCGCAGCACGGCCGCCCCGAGCAAACCGGCGCGAGGCGGGAGGGGGAAGAAGUGGGGGAGAGCGGUUGGGCUAAGCCCCGCCCCAGCUCGCGCCCCCAUUGGUGGGCACCGCGGUUCUGGGCCCGCCCCCUAACGGACCUGUCGCAUUGUGACAGGUGGAAGGGCCAGUUCCUGUCGGGUCGUGGGCGGAGUCAGAGGUAGCCUGCGCUCCGCCCGGACUCCAGGGGGCUCCUCCUCCUGCUCUUCACCGCGGGGCGGGCGACGGGUGUGAGGGGGGAAUGUCAUUGCUGUUCGGAGCUGUGGUGCCGCCUCCGUCUGCUGCUUCUUCUCUGGCGCCCUCGUCCCGUCGGCUUUCGCCGCUGCCGCAGCUGCACGGAGGAUACGGAUGGCUAGUGGGGCGCAAGGGCCAUCCGAGUUGAGAGCGCGGCGGUCGCGGCCGCUGCUGAGGCAGAGACUCCCCGCCGCCGCCUCCACCCCCUGUCCCCCGGCCUCGCGGCGCUGAGGGCGGGAGCGCGCGGCGCUCUUCCCUCCUCCUCCUUUUUCUUCCUCCUCCUCCUCCUCCUCCGGGUCCCCGCCCAGCACCCCUCGCACCAGGCGGCGGCGGCGGCGGCGAGGAGCGAGACCCGCCGCCGGGGCACAACAUGGCGGAGCCCUCGGCCCCGGAGAGCAAGCACAAGUCGUCCCUCAACUCGUCCCCGUGGAGCGGCCUCAUGGCCCUGGGGAACAGCCGGCACGGUCACCACGGGCCCGGGGCCCAGUGCGCGCACAAGGUGGCGGGCGGCGUGGCGCCGCCGAAGCCGGCCCCCGCGGGGCUAUCCGGGGGGCUGUCGCAGCCGGCCGGCUGGCAGUCGCUGCUCUCCUUCACCAUCCUCUUCCUGGCCUGGCUUGCCGGCUUCAGCUCGCGCCUCUUCGCGGUCAUUCGCUUCGAAAGCAUCAUUCACGAGUUCGACCCGUGGUUUAACUAUAGAUCAACACAUCAUCUUGCAUCUCAUGGGUUCUAUGAAUUUUUAAAUUGGUUUGAUGAAAGAGCAUGGUAUCCACUAGGAAGAAUAGUAGGUGGUACUGUUUACCCAGGGUUGAUGAUAACAGCUGGCCUUAUCCAUUGGAUUUUAAAUACAUUGAACAUAACUGUUCAUAUAAGAGAUGUAUGUGUGUUCCUUGCACCGACUUUUAGCGGCCUUACAUCUAUAUCUACUUUCCUGCUUACCAGAGAACUUUGGAACCAAGGAGCAGGACUUUUAGCUGCUUGUUUUAUUGCUAUUGUACCAGGUUACAUUUCUCGGUCAGUAGCUGGCUCCUUUGAUAAUGAAGGCAUUGCUAUUUUUGCACUUCAGUUCACAUACUACUUGUGGGUAAAAUCUGUAAAAACUGGGUCAGUUUUUUGGACAAUGUGCUGCUGCUUAUCGUAUUUCUAUAUGGUCUCUGCUUGGGGUGGCUAUGUGUUUAUUAUCAACCUUAUUCCACUGCAUGUAUUUGUGUUGUUACUGAUGCAGAGAUAUAGCAAGAGAGUGUACAUAGCAUAUAGCACUUUCUACAUUGUGGGUUUAAUAUUAUCCAUGCAGAUACCCUUUGUGGGAUUCCAGCCAAUCAGGACAAGUGAACACAUGGCAGCUGCUGGUGUGUUUGCAUUGCUGCAAGCUUAUGCUUUCUUGCAGUAUCUGAGAGACCGAUUAACAAAACAAGAGUUCCAGACCCUUUUCUUUUUGGGUGUAUCACUAGCUGCAGGUGCUGUGUUCCUUAGUGUCAUCUAUUUGACUUAUACAGGUUACAUUGCACCAUGGAGUGGCAGGUUUUACUCAUUGUGGGACACUGGGUAUGCAAAAAUACACAUUCCAAUUAUUGCAUCAGUGUCUGAACAUCAACCUACGACUUGGGUAUCUUUCUUCUUUGAUCUACAUAUUCUUGUGUGUACCUUCCCAGCAGGCCUAUGGUUCUGCAUUAAAAAUAUCAACGAUGAAAGAGUAUUUGUUGCUCUGUAUGCAAUCAGUGCUGUCUAUUUUGCUGGAGUGAUGGUGCGGUUGAUGCUGACUUUGACUCCGGUCGUCUGUAUGCUGUCUGCAAUUGCCUUCUCGAAUGUGUUUGAGCACUAUUUGGGGGAUGACAUGAAAAGGGAAAACCCACCUGUGGAAGAUAGCAGUGAUGAGGAUGAUAAAAGAAACCCAGGAAAUUUGUAUGAUAAGGCAGGUAAAGUGAGGAAACAUGUAACUGAACAGGAAAAAACUGAAGAAGGAUUAGGUCCUAAUAUAAAAAGCAUUGUCACCAUGUUGAUGCUGAUGCUGUUGAUGAUGUUUGCAGUCCACUGUACCUGGGUCACAAGCAAUGCCUACUCCAGUCCAAGUGUGGUCCUGGCGUCCUAUAAUCAUGAUGGCACCAGGAAUAUCUUAGAUGAUUUUAGAGAAGCUUACUUUUGGCUAAGGCAAAAUACAGAUGAACAUGCCCGAGUGAUGUCUUGGUGGGAUUAUGGCUAUCAGAUAGCUGGAAUGGCUAAUAGAACUACUUUGGUGGAUAAUAACACCUGGAAUAACAGCCACAUAGCACUGGUGGGAAAAGCUAUGUCUUCAAAUGAAUCAGCAGCCUAUAAAAUCAUGAGAAGUCUGGAUGUAGAUUAUGUUUUGGUUAUUUUUGGAGGAGUUAUUGGCUAUUCUGGUGAUGACAUCAACAAGUUUCUCUGGAUGGUUAGGAUAGCUGAAGGGGAACAUCCAAAAGACAUUCGGGAAAGUGACUAUUUUACCCCACAAGGAGAAUUCCGUGUGGACAAAGCAGGAUCCCCCACGUUGUUGAAUUGCCUUAUGUAUAAAAUGUCAUACUACAGAUUUGGAGAAAUGCAGCUGGAUUUUCGUACACCCCCAGGUUUUGAUCGAACACGUAAUGCUGAGAUUGGAAACAAGGACAUUAAGUUCAAACAUUUGGAGGAAGCCUUUACAUCAGAACACUGGCUUGUGAGGAUAUAUAAAGUGAAAGCACCUGAUAACAGGGAAACACUAGACCAUAAACCUCGAGUCACCAACAUUUUCCCAAAACAGAAGUAUUUGUCAAAGAAGACUACAAAAAGGAAGCGUGGCUACAUUAAAAAUAAGCUAGUUUUUAAGAAGGGCAAGAAAAUAUCUAAGAAGACUGUUUAAAUACACUGUUCUGGUUCCUAACUUGAAGCAGUUGUCCUUGUGAGAACCGGUCUUUGCCUUUAGCUCAUGUCAUGUUUCACAACAGAGGGUACAGAACCAUCACUGGUCCAGAUUAAUGUACAAAAUUUUCUGGCAAUGCCUGAUUUAAAAAAUAAAAUUGGCUUAUUGAGAACAGCUAUUUUCUAUUUGUAAUGUGAAGCAAGACAGAGCACUGCUGUAAAUGUCUAACAGCAGAUUUUUUUUAUUGGUACAUAUUAUCCUUCAAAUCUGAGAAUUUGGACUAAUUGCACCAAAGAACCCUCUAAUUUGGUCCCUGGCACAUGCAUACUUGUCAAUGUUUUUAUUUUUUACAAGACCUACAUUUUCUUUGAAUUACCCAAAUAGCAAUAUGUAAAAUACAAAUGACAAAAUGUGAUGUUUCUUGAACCAGUAAACUAGUACAGGUCGGAGAAAGAGGUAUUAGAAAAAUAAUUAUACUUCCUUGAACUAUAUUUAUUUUCAUGUUUCUCCAGUGCAAAGAUUGUUUCAUCAAAUGUAUAUUUUCUGUUGCUUACUGUUUGCUCUGUCAAAGAAGAAGCUGCUGUUUCAAAGAUGGACCUCUGAGUAACUAAUUGAUGCCAAUAGUUUUUUAUGUUGACACAUUGCUGCUUUUAGCAGUUGUUUUCACCAGGUACUCAACAGAGCAGAUCUCAUGCAUUGUUCGUUCAUUCAAGGGCUAAAUUUAUAUCCUUUGGAGGGCAUGGCAACUGCACAGAAUGUUGCUUACCAGGAUGGGGUUUGGUAUCACUGAGAUUAGCACUAUGUUUACAUGCAGAAGAUUAAGGAGAAAACCCUUAAAGUAGACAGGUAUCCAAAGUUCCUUUUCUGUGACUCUUCAAAAUGACAAAGGAUUUGUAAACUUUGCCUGGAUUUCUCUCAUUUUAUAAUAGUUUCAUCCAUCACAAUGAUUUUAUCCUCCACUUCAUUUUUUUAAAUCCCUAAAGCAUUUGAUGAAACACUCUUUAAUGCUAUAUGCAUUUUCUUACUUUUAUUAAAAAUGUGACAAUUGUCAAAAAAUGCACUAAAAUAUAAAUGGAGAUUGAACAUGUUCAUUUUCCAGCUUAUAGGCAACUUUAUAUAGACUUGAAAAUUUUCUCCAGUUGUUUAGUAAAAGUGAAAGAGAAAGGGUUUUUCCUGCCACAGGAUAUAACUUUUUUUUAUAUAAACAAGCAUAACUUACCACUGCUUUUGGUGGAAAAGUACAGAAUAGUAUGUACCUUUUAUGAAGAAAAGUGUAAUUUACAAUAUUCAGUGAGAAUGUUACUGCUGACUUUCUUUUCCAAAGUGUAGAAUAUUCUUUGAUUUAUAGAAUUCAUUUUUGACCCAGAUGAUGGUUCUUUUACAGACCAAUAAAAUGGCUGAACAUUUUCACAAAUAAAGUGUAACUAAAUCUGGAUUUCCGAUACCUUGUCAUUUGGGGGAUUUUAUUUUACUUUGUUGCUUUAAAAUUCAAUGCGGAGAAGUUGUUGACUGUAGGGAAAUAAAGUUAAUUCAAAUUUUGUGUUAA